AUGCGAGCGGUACGGAAGGAAGAUUUCCUGGCGUUUCUGGGAAGACACUGGCCUGAAAGGCUAAGUUCCUUGCGUAGGAUUUUGCUGGUCAAGGUCGAGGCCAGUUUUAAAGCAAUAAUUCUCAUCGUUUCAUCGCUUUCCUCUAAUGGACAUUGGCUGUUUGCUGGAGUAGAAAUCCGUGGCCGUCGUGUUCUUACCUCUCCAGUGCUUUCGCCUGCUGAUCCUGCCCCAGUUCAACUUAUAGUUCAGUUUUUGGAACAGGCUUCCAAACCUUCCGUUAAUGAACAAAACCAAGUUCAGCCUCCACCUGAUAACAAGAGGAAUCGUAUUUUAAAACUACUUGCUCUUAAAGUUGCCGCACAUUUGAAGUGGGACUUGGACAUAUUAGAGAAAAGUUUGUCUGUUCCAGUGUUGAACAUGCUACUGAAUGAACUGCUGUGCGUCAGUCAAGUUCCUCCUGGGACAAAGCAUGUAGACAUGGAUCUGGCCUCUUUACCUCCGACCACUGCCAUGGCUAUCCUUCUCUAUAAUAGAUGGGCAAUUAGGACAAUUGUUCAAAGUAGUUUUCCUGUCAAACAGGCAAAACCUGGACCUCCUCAGUUAAGUGUUAUGAGUCAGAUGCAGCAGGAGAAAGAGCUAACAGAAAAUAUUUUGAAAGUGCUAAAAGAACAAGCUUCUGAUUCUAUUUUGGUACUAGAGGCAGCCCUUAAAUUGAACAAGGAUCUUUAUGUCCACACAAUGAGGACACUAGAUUUAUUGGCCAUGGAGCCAGGCAUGGUAAAUGGAGAAACUGAGAGUUCUACUGCUGGAUUGAAAAUCAAAACUGAGGAGAUGCAGUGCCAGGUGUGUUAUGAUUUGGGUGCAGCAUACUUCCAGCAAGGCUCUACCAAUUCAGCUGUCUAUGAAAAUGCCAGAGAAAAAUUUUUUAGAACCAAAGAACUAAUUGCAGAGAUAGGUUCAUUAUCUCUCCAUUGUACCAUAGAUGAGAAGCGGUUGGCUGGCUAUUGUCAAGCAUGUGAUGUUCUCGUACCUUCUUCUGAUAUUACAUCUCAACAGUUAACUCCAUAUAGUCAAGUCCAUAUUUGUUUGAGAUCUGGCAAUUAUCAGGAGGUAAUAAAGAUUUUCAUUGAGGAUAACUUAACCUUCAAUUUACCCGUCCAGUUCCGACAGUCAGUACUAAGAGAACUCUUUCAGAAAGCUCAACAAGGAAAUGAAGCUCUAGAUGAAAUCUGUUUUAAAGUCUGUGCCUGUAACACAGUCCGUGAUAUAUUGGAAGGUAGAACAAUUAGUGUUCAAUUUAACCAGCUAUUUCUUAGACCUAAUAAAGAGAAAAUAGACUUUCUUCUUGAGGUAUGUUCAAGAUCAAUAACUUUAGAAAAACCUUCAGAUUCUUUGAAAGGAAACAUGGCUUCUUUUCUAAAGAAUGUAUGUCUGGGGUUGGAAGAUCUGCAGUAUGUUUUCAUGAUUUCUUCACAUGAGCUUUUCAUUACGUUGUUGAAAGAUGAAGAACGAAAGCUACUUGUUGAUCAGAUGAGGAAGAGAUCCCCUGGAGUGAAUCUGUGCAUUAAACCUGUGACUUCCUUUUAUGACAUCCCAGCCUCAGCAAGUGUCAACAUUGGCCAAUUGGAGCAUCAGCUGAUAUUGUCAGUGGAUCCCUGGAGAAUUCGACAAAUUUUAAUUGAAUUACAUGGUAUGACGUCAGAGCGCCAAUUCUGGACGGUGUCAAAUAAGUGGGAAGUACCUUCUGUCUAUAGUGGUGUUAUCCUGGGAAUUAAAGACAAUUUAACAAGGGAUUUGGUAUACAUUCUCAUGGCCAAAGGUUUACACUGCAGUACUGUUAUGGACUUUUCCCAUGCUAAGCAGUUAUUUGCUGCCUGUUUGGAGUUGGUAACAGAGUUCUCACCAAAACUUCGUCAGGUCAUGCUGAAUGAGAUGCUGCUUUUGGAUAUUUAUACCCAUGAGGCUGGAACAGGGCAGUCAGGAGAGAGACCUCCUUCUGAUCUUAUUAGUCGGGUGCGGGGAUAUCUGGAAAUGAGGCUGCCCGACAUUCCUCUUCGUCAGGUUAUUGCUGAGGAGUGUGUGGCUUUUAUGUUAAACUGGAAGGAAAAUGAAUACCUUACACUUCAGGUUCCUGCCUUUCUGCUUCAGAAUAAUCCAUACGUGAAGCUUGGACAGCUUUUAGCGGCUACAGUCAAAGAACUCCCGGGCCCUAAAGAAAGUAGACGGACUGCCAAAGACCUUUGGGAAGUCGUCGUUCAGAUCUGUAGUGUGUCCAGUCAACACAAACGAGGAAAUGAUGGCAGAGUCAGUUUAAUAAAGCAGAGGGAAUCUACACUAGGUAUAAUGUAUCGGAGUGAACUGCUUUCUUUUAUCAGAAAAUUACGGGAACCAUUGGUUUUGACUAUUAUUUUAUCACUCUUUGUGAAACUUCACAAUGUUCGGGAAGACAUUGUGAAUGAUAUUACAGCUGAACACAUUUCUAUUUGGCCAUCCUCCAUCCCCAACCUCCAGUCAGUGGACUUUGAAGCGGUGUCAGUCACAGUGAAAGAGCUAGUUCGCUAUGCCCGCAGUAUAAACCCCAACAACCACUCCUGGUUAAUUAUUCAGGCAGACAUUUAUUUUGCAACAAAUCAGUAUUCGGCAGCUCUCCAUUAUUACCUCCAGGCCGGAGCCGUGUGUUCUGAUUUCUUUAAUAAGGCCGUACCCCCUGAUGUUUAUACGGACCAGGUAAUAAAAAGAAUGAUAAAAUGCUGUUCUUUGCUGAAUUGCCACACACAGGUGGCAAUUUUAUGUCAGUUCCUCAGAGAAAUUGACUACAAAACGGCGUUUAAAUCACUGCAGGAACAAAACAGCCAUGAUGCCAUGGACUCCUACUAUGACUACAUAUGGGAUGUUACCAUUUUGGAAUACUUGACUUAUCUGCAUCAUAAAAGAGGAGAAACAGAUAAAAGGCAAAUUGCGAUCAAAGCCAUCGGCCAGACUGAAUUGAACGCGAGCAACCCAGAAGAAGUGUUACAGCUGGCAGCGCAGAGAAGGAAGAAAAAGUUUCUACAAGCAAUGGCAAAACUUUACUUCUAAGCAGUUAAAUUUUUUUAACUUUUAUUUUUUAAACAAUAGGCAAAAUAUAAACAGUAUUAAAAGAUGAAGUUUAUAUAUAAUACA